CCGCUCUCUCUCUCUCUCUCUCUCCCAAUCUCAGCUCCCUUUUCCUUCUCUUUAAUAUCUUUUUCGUUCAUGAUUCGUUGAAAACUUGGUGAGAGUUUUUUUUUAUUCCUUGCAUUAAUAGAUGGAGCGUGUUGGUGCCGAGGAACAAGUCUCAAUGACUGUGGACGACCUUGAAAUCAUCCACCCCGAGGCAGAAUCCGAUGAAUUCAGUUCUAGUUCAGAGCGAGUCGAUUUGUUUGCUUGGAACAACGGAAUGAUCAGAGUUGAUGAAGGAAAUACAGAGCACGACACCAUCAAGAAGAUGUUUCUUUCCGGCAUGGGAGCGAUCGGGAAGGGUACGGAUGUUGUGGCUAUACACAAGAAUUCGCAUUCUACUUUAACCGGCCAAGCGCGAUUUGAAUCGUUUCGAAUAUUUUCGCAGGCGGUGGGGAAAAAGUGCGGUGGUGAUGCUAAUAUCAACUAUGCCUGGUAUGGCGCCUCCAGGGGUGAAGUCUAUGAUAUUAUGUCUCAUGGAUUUAGCCGACUUGAACGGCCAAAAGCUGGUGAACUAUAUGGUUUUGGGGUAUAUCUAUCUUCUGCAAAGUUUUCCAUUGAUUGUGCAUUAUCUUCAGCAGAGGAUGAAAAUGGGCUAAGGCAUGUGAUGUUAUGUCGCGUGAUAUUGGGCAACAUGGAAACUGUUCAUGCUGGUUCACAACAGUUUCAUCCAUGCUCUAAGGAGUAUGACUCUGGAGUGGAUGAUGUUUCAGCGCCUAGAAGAUAUAUCAUUUGGAGUGCUUACAUGAAUUCUCACAUUCUUCCCAGUUACAUCAUAAGCUUUAGGGCCCCUCUGAAGGGAGUUCCUCGAAGAAUUCAGGCGAAUUUAGUAAAACCCACCUCCCCAUGGAUGAAGUUUCACACUCUAUUGUCCGUACUUUCAAGGGUUUUACCUCCUCACAAGAUGACCCAGAUUUCCAAAUAUCACUGUGAUUUCCAUAGGAAAAAAAUUACGAGGCAGCAACUGGUAAAAAGAUUAAGACAGAUAGCUGGAGACGAGAUGUUAACCAGAGUGAUCAAACUUUACAGAACCAAGGGUCAGACCUCCUGUGUGCUACAUCCAUGAUAGGGGUGGGUCUCCAUUCUGAGGUGGUGUUUCGAGGAUGAUAUUCUUUUUGUUUGGAACAUUCAUUCUUGGUAUGGUUAGCUGAAUGGCAAAGGAUGUUCGGUUUUUCGUAAGGUAAGGUGGGCUUGUAUGGGCCUCCAGAGUGGUCCAAAUGGAGUUUUACCCUUUUUAUAUGUUGAAAGCUUUUCAAAUUCAUUGAACACCACCACACAAAAACACACCCGCGGAAGUCUCUAGGCAGGUACAGAGUGGUUCAUCAUGUUCCCUGUAGAUAUUGAUGCUGAACAAUAUAUUACUCAUUGUUGUCAGUUUCGAUACUCGUAUAUCCCAAAGCACAAAGUGGAAUUGAAGUCUUUGCUCUGAAGCAGCAUAGAGCCCGAUCACAAUCUUCCUGAGCUGAGGAGCUUAGUGUAGUAGAUUGGCUUCUUGCCAUUCCCAUCUGAAUCUUGAGUUGUAGAUGUGAGGUACCAGUGGUUUCAUUUGGUAUUAUGAACAGAAUCAUGUUUUGGGCCCUCGGGUUCUUUCUUGAAGUUUUCAUAUUUUAGAAAAUUUUGCUUUCCUUUUC